GCUAUGACUUCUGCUUGCUACCUUGAAGGUUCACAUAUCCUGGCGUGCGCCUGCAACCGCGCAUUGAAUCAGGGUUUCUCAAUUGAUGACAACGCCUUCCCCCGAUUAGUUCUAGGUCAUAAUAUAGUUACGGAAGAAUGUCUCACAUCAAUAGUUGGCGAUAAAGCAUACUACGAACUUCCAAUUUUACACAUUCUGGCCAAGCGAAAUAACAUAAUGGCGACGCUUACGGAUUGUAACGGAAGAGUGCUAACGAAGUCAAGUUGUGGUGCCGAAGGAUUUCAGAAUGCACGGAAGAAAACUACAGUAGCGGCACAAACCCUUGGCAUUUCUAUGGGCCUCAAGGCACAAAAAUUGGGAAUCAAUACGGUUCGAGUCAAGUUGCGUGGAAUCGGUGCAAAUCGUAUUUCUACAUUGUCUGGUGCUACGCUCUCUGGACUUCGUUUGGUUUCUCUCACGGACGACACCAAUAUGCAUUAUGGUCAUGGCAAACGCCCGAGAAAAGUGCCAAGAAAAUAA